GCGGUCACCGCCGGAUUAUCCACGGGAAGUUUUCGGGGUGUUUUAUUUAUUUUUUUUGUUUUUGUGAGGGAUUAAGGUAACUCGCAAUUCUAAAGGGUGAGGGUAAAUUAGAGCGGGAGGGUGCAGGUUGAAAAAGGCGUUAUUUCCAAUGGCAGGCCCGUACCUCUCGCCACUCCCGGGCGACCUCCUCACCGAGUACAUGUUCGGACGCAGAAGGCAACGACGUAACCGCACCACCUUCAGCCCCCAACAACUUCAGGAACUCGAAGCCCUCUUCCAGAAAACCCAUUAUCCAGACGUGUUUCUGCGCGAAGAAGUCGCCCUCAGGAUCAGCCUGUCCGAAGCCAGAGUCCAAGUGUGGUUCCAGAACCGUCGAGCCAAAUGGCGAAAACAGGCGAGACUGCAACUGUUACAAGACGCGUGGCGGAUGAGGUGUCUCGGAAUUACGUCCCCGCAACUUAUGAUGCCCGGUCGGCCACCGAACAACAUCCAAUCCCCGGCGCCUCCACCAAACCACCACGACAAACAGCCCGAGUAUCCCCUGGUGAACAUCCCGCCGCCGCCCAUGUCCGCCCCUGUGGCGCAUGCGCCACCCCAGUGCCCCUGUUCCCCCGUGCGCAGCUCACCGAGCCCCCAAGACUUGUCUCCAGGGUUGCCAGACGACUUGUCCAUGGGCAAAAGAAUCAUCGUCGACGCACCUAAAGAAAUUGCAUUAUCCGAACAUAAUAAUAACAAUAGUUCGGUGGUGCAUAGACAAUCGUAGGUUUAGGAUUAAUUUGUAUGGGGUUUUAAUAGUUUAUAGCCUAUGUAGAUAAAGUGUAUAUAAAUGUGUAAUAAAUAAAUAUUAUUGUAUUAA